AUGAGAUCCGCAGCCUCUGCCCAUGGCGUCUCCGUGAUCCCCGGACUCCCCAGCGCCGCGGCAGCACAGACCACAGACGCGCAAGCGGGUGCGCCACCCAGCAGGCCCAGACCCCCCUCGGCGCACCCUACGGGCCCAUCAGCCUCGGCCCUGCGCGCAGUAGCACACGCACCAGGUGGCGGCAUGGAGCGCGCAAGGGGCGCAGCGCCACCGAGACACCCAGCAGCGCCACGCACCCCGCCCCAACACCCCGGCCCGGCACCGGCCCCCGCGCCAGGCACCACCGGCUCCGGAGCAGGAGGACUCAGCCCCCCGACGCCCACGGAAGGGCACAGCGCAGACCUGCACCGGGUUUAUGUCGAGUCCGACCAGUGCAGACCUGCACCGGGUUUAUGUCGAGUCCGACCAGUGCAGACCUGCACCGGGUUUAUGUCGAGUCCGACCGGGGCAGACCUGCACCGGGUUUAUGUCGAGUCCGACCAGGGCAGACCUGCACCGGGUUUAUGUCGAGUCCGACCAGGGCAGACCUGCACCGGGUUUAUGUCGAGUCCGACCAGCGCAGACCUGCACCGGGUUUAUGUCGAGUCCGACCAGCGCAGACCUGCACCGGGUUUAUGUCGAGUCCGACCAGGGCAGACCUGCACCGGGUUUAUGUCGAGUCCGACCAGGGCAGACCUGCACCGGGUUUAUGUCGAGUCCGACCAGCGCAGACCUGCACCGGGUUUAUGUCGAGUCCGACCGGUGCAGGUCUGCACCGGGUUUAUGUCGAGUCCGACCGGGGCAGACCUGCACCGGGUUUAUGUCGAGUCCGACCAGCGCAGACCUGCACCGGGUUUAUGUCGAGUCCGACCGGGGCAGAACAACGUUUACAGACCAACAGAAUAUUCUGUUUAA